AUGGCGGAAGGUGUGUUGCCUUUCGUUCGUGGUCUGGAUUUAACCAGAAAUGACUUCAAGGUAUCAUUUUCCUUCUGUUUUAACUUCUCCAUGGAGAACUUUAAUCUCUAAGCCGGGUUCUUAUUUUAUUUGCAGAAGCUGGAUUUUCCGAAACGAGUGGCAGACAUGCCAAAUUUGCGAUGGCUGAAGUUGAACAAGACUGGACUAGACGCUCUGCCGGAUGAACUCUCUCAUCUUAUGAAACUGGUGAGGAAAAGGGAUUCAGAAGUUUCUUAAGUAUAUCUUCUCUUUGUAUUAUCUUUUUAGCCAUUUGAAAGCAUUUUCCCCGAAGCUCUUGUUAUGGCUAUAAGUCACACGCUACCUCUGCAUGAAAGUUCCUCGUCUAUCAAUCAGCUGUCUUAUAAUUAACCCUUCUGGGAAUAAAAGUUUUGACAGAAACAAGUACUCGAGGGCUUAUUUGAGAAGAUAUGGUAAGCCUUAAAUGCAUAAGCUUAUCUCUUUUAGACAAUAAUUAUAUACCAAGUUGGCAAAUUGGGCUGUGCAGAAAGUUACUGUGAAAAAGAAAUAAUUUUUUUAAGUUUAUUCUGUUUACUCGUCACCUUCAGUGGGGCCAGGGCUUGAACUACUGACGUCCAGUGCAAAAUUAAUGGUCCUACAUAUAUGAAGUUGUAACCACUAAUCCACUGUACUCUAUAGUUUCCAUGCUUAUUAAUUAGCAAUGUUUGCUACGAAAGAGUCAAAUAGUUUUACACUUGCUUUAAACAACCUUCCCAAAGUUGUACAAUAGGCCUAGUGGAGCAAUAAAGUAAUCAAAACAAAAAACAACUUUUUAGAAGACUGUUUUAAGCUGUUCAAUUUUAGUCUAGACCAGUCUAAAAAUCUACUAUGGGAACACUGUCAACAUCAUCGUCAUCAUCAUGCUUCUGUGAUUUUUUGGAAAAAGUGAAGAACAGCAAUCCCCCAAAAAACUAUCAGCCAACUGUUGGCCAACAGUCCGCCCACUGUUGACCAUGUUAUUUUCAUGUUACUCUUUGAACAUGGUUUGCUCGCAUUUAAGUAACAAUGCCAGUGCGGUACUGAGAUGGUUUUGCGAGAUAGGAAUGUCAUGGACGGUCUUAACUGGGAAUGCGCUUUAAGAAGCCCAUAGAAAACCUCGGUCUAUGAGAAAAGAAUCUUUCUUCGAAGACUCAAAAAUUUCUCUCAGACAGGGGCUAAACAUCAUUUACAGCGUAUAUCUUCGUUUUUCAGUGUUGGUUAACUGUCUGUCAAUUGUUGGUAUACUGUUGGCCGACAGUUGGCUGACAGUUGGCCAACAGACUUUUAGGGGAGCUCUUCUUCACUUUUACCUAUUUUUUUCCUAUGCAUGAAAACAAAUAGCUGCAACUAUAGUUUAUAGCCAAUAGGAAGUGGAGUUAUAUUAACUGAAAAAAAUAAUUAUGUUGCUUUAUAAUGCAUCAGACUGUUUGUUACUUGCAAAGUUCUACAUAUGAAUCAGAGUUGAUGUUUUGCCAUUCUAUAAUACAAGCUCAGUCAAACAGAAUAGCAAGUGGACUUUAAAAAUUGAUCCUAAUAGCGCUUUGCACUGUUACUAAAACAAGACUCGCAUGGUGGAGGUUCAUUAGGCUGUUGAUUGUGGGAAGGACCACUCUCUUCCAACUUGAAUGGAAAGCUACCCCUAACCUGUGGUAUGAAAAUUAAGUUUCAGUUUUAUGUCUGUCAGAAUUUCACUAAAAGCCCUUCUAACAAUUCAAGUCAAUAUUUUUCUAUUCAACGGGCAAUCUACAAAUAGCAUACUCCUUUCAUGUCAGGAAAGACUUUUCACACGCAGGGAGAGAAUUGCAUCAAGUUUAAGCUUUUCCAAGGGGACCGUAUGAGGGCAUUUUUCAGCUCCAACACAGGCUAACAUUGGUAGCAACAUCAUUGACUACUUUAAAUUUAACUAGAUAAUAAUUUGGUGUAGAUAUAAGGCCAAUAAUAACUCAACACAAUUAUUUUGUGUUUGUUCCAAAAUGACUUCUAAAUCUGUUCGCCCUAUUACCUGAUCAAAAAAUGACUCAUCCCCUCCCCACAAAAAUUAUCCCCAAUGAUGGGGGAGUGGGAGACAAAGCCUUCUGGGAGUUCUGUCCACCAUUUGUCUUUGUCUUGACCUAGAUGCCACCCAUGUUUGAUUGGGUAUUGCUCAGAAAAGUUGGCUACUUUUUUUCUAGGAAGACCUGAGAAGCAACUAGUUUGAAUAAUAAUAAUAAUAGUAAUAAUAAUAAUAAUAAUAAUGACUUUAUUUUAGCGUCAAUGUAUUUAGCUUAACAGUUAGCUAACUGGGGACACUUUCCUAUGCUGGCACACUAAUCUAUUACAUUACUUUUAAAUAAAUGAUCUUACCUAAAACCUAAAACUAUAUACAAAUGUACACCACUCAAUAUUUGCACAGGUCACAGCAGUUACUAUAAUUAUCUACAUGGCUCAAAAGGUCCACACCGCGUAUAUGUUUCUUGAAUGCUUUGAGGUUUGUCAAGUUUCUGAGCUCACUACUGACCUUUGACCAAAUGAAAGGUCCUUGAUAGUGCAGCGAAUGCCUCCCAUAGGCCACUGUAUCAAAGCGGGGUAGUUCAAAAUCACAUUUUCUUGGGCAUAAAUAAAAAGGGGUCAUAAAAUCUUAAUUAACUGGUUAAAAAUUAUGUUAUGCUUGUUUACUUACAGUACAGUAUUAUCAUAUCCUUUAAUAGCAUAAUAAGAGCUGACUUUGCUCUUGAAGAAGAAUCGAGCAUCCUUUGCCUCUAAUUUUAACCAAAUGCACCUUUUUAUGGACAGCUUUGCUGCCCUGCUCUGCAUACCUGAUUUCUCAGUAAAAAGCGGUAUAACAUAUUUUACCCACAGUACUAAUGACACCCACAUUAGGAAUAUAAUCACUCAUCUGUACAAUAUUUUCCACGUUUAAUAUUGUCUUGGCUCACAUUAAUUAUUCUCAGGUUAUAUAUUAUUAAUUCUAGGCUGGACUUUGUUUCUUUUGACAUUAAAAAUCUUCAAAGACAAUGUAAAUUUGCUGGCGAACAUGACUUUCCCGCACAAAAUUCUUUGAUGGGUCCAGUUCAAUGACUGAGUCUUAACAGGGACCAGAAAUUUGUGGCAUCAUUAGUGCAAAGUGCUAUUGAUUCAUAUGUGGAACUUUACAUGUACAUGUGCUGAAAUUAAAGUUCAACAUUUGAAAUGGGCGUGAGUGCCAGCCCUGGUUGUUAUUUUUUGUUUAGUGCUAUAGGUGGUUAUAAGUAAUGGAAAAAAUAAGGAAGAUUAUGAGCCAAUCAUAAACAGAGAAAUACUUUCAAUGGAUAUAAUAAAUAGCCUCACUAUCUUUGUAAUUUCUUUUGACAGGAGCAUUUGUCUUUGAAGGAAAACAGUUUAGCGAGUAUCCAUGGUGAUCUGUCCACUCUCUCUCAUUUAAGGGUAAACAAUGAUGUUUUUACUUUUUACCCUGAUCGAUCCAUAGACUAAACAGGAAAGACAAAGACAAAUAAUAUUUCUACUUCUACUUCUACUAUAUUACUUCGCAAAGCCUGUACAGCAUCACGCGAAGGAUCCGUAUAUCAAGGUUGACCACAACACCGGGGUCUACGACCCCUACUCUUUACGAACAGUGUGUGGGUUCUUUAACGUCCCACAGUAUUAAUAUAGGCAAGGAUUGUGAGACGGGGCCUUAAUUUUUUUAUUACUCAUAAUUAAUUUUGAACUGUUAAGUUCUAGAUUGGUGUAGCACUAAUGGUAAAACAGGGAAUAAUUUGAGUGUUUAUGAAAGUGCUCAAUGUUCAUGAAAAAUUUCAAUACAUUUUAAACUCAUCACAAAUAGAUGAGCUUGGGAACUGGUGCCUUAAACAUUAGCAGGGUGCCAGAUGCCAUAGUCGCAGGGAGAUAUCCAUGGCAACCCUGGAAUGCACUGAAAAUCAGUGGAAAUAACUUAGCUGAAAAGAUACUUACCCUGGCCACCAAAUGCAAAAGAGGGAGAAAGGAGAUUCACAAUGACUAAGCUUGUGAUCCGCAAAGGUCUGAUAUAACACUACACGUUUAAAGCAAUGAAACUUGAAACCCUGCAAAACCCCUGAAGGCCACCCCAAAGGUCACGUGCUGCAGAUGAGGAAGACUGCUGGACUGCAUGCUCAAAUUUAACUUUGUCUAAGUGAUAUUUAGCCACAUCCAAGCUAAGACCUUUAUCUGUGGAAUACUGAUGGAAACACAGCAAUGUUUCUCUUGUCUGUUAUCUUUGUUUGCUUUUCGACUGGGCUGAUCAAAUAAUUAUUAUUUUAUCAAUACAACAAGUUUGACUUCUUUUAAAGUGCCUAUCACCUAAAUUUUUUUAUUUUUUCAUCUGAAACUAUACCAUAUUAAAAUAACUUCUGCGAAAAAAUUUUGCGGUUUGAACAAAAUGCGAUUUUUUUACCAAUUUUUGAAGUUUACAUUUUUGCGGUACACCCGCGACGCUGGUAACGCAAACUAGCAGGCUCACAUAUGACGUCAUGUGACGUAAAUUAAGGAACUCACAUUACCUUUCCUUCACCAGCUGUACACAAAAAAGAUCAAUUACAAGUAAGGAUUGAAUCACAAUGUCUUCGCAAGAGGAAAGUUUUUCUGAACUCUUAAUGUUUUCCUGUCGAUAAAGUCACGUGUUCCUUAAAGUACGUCAUAUAACGUCAUUCUCCGAGAGAAGACUAAGACGAAUGGUGUGCCAAAAUGGCGGAAAAUUUGAAUGUUUUGAAAAAAAUCUAAAAAAAUCAUCUUUGGUUCAAAUCGCAAAAUUUUCUAGCAGAAGUUAUUUUAAUAAUAUGUAGUUUCAGAAAAGAAAAUAUAAAAUUUUAGGUUAUGGGCACUUUAAGUCAUUUUGUUGUUUUGCUGCUUGUGUUGAUAGAUUUCUUUGUAUAAAUUAAUACCUCUUAAUUUGUUUACCUUGUGGUUAAAUCGUUGAUUUACCACGUCACUGAUAUUUAGUAAAAGGUGUAGAUUAAAAUACAUAUAGAAUUUUGUUUUUGACACCAGAAUUUAAUUAUGCUGACAUAAGUGUGGACUUCCUUGUUUGUUUGUAAGGUGAUAAAUGCUCGUCAAAACCAGCUCAAGAAUUCUGGAAUUCCAGGGGAUAUUUUUGGUUUAGAAGAUCUCUUGACAAUAGUAAGUUGCCAUUGUUAAUCAUUACUAGAGCACUGUGCAUGUGCUUAAUUAAUAAUAUCACACUGGUUCAAUAGACCUUUUUACCGAUACAGUGGCCAUAUUGAUUUAAUUCAAUUUAAGCAGUAUUAUGGGAUGCCCAGGGGCAUAAGCACAUUUCGUUUGUAUUUUCGGGCACUUUUCGGGACAUUUUUUCUUAAAGUUUUCUUAGAAUAAGAUUGUAAUGGGAAGAUCCUUGUGCCAUGUUUGGAUGUAAUAAUGAUUGCCUUUUUCUAGUAUGGUCUUUUACUGUAUACUUAUUGGGAAAAGGCGAUCAUUAUUACAUCCAAACAUGGCACAGGGAUCUUUUUUCCCAUUCCCUCUAACUAGCCUUCUGGUCCUUUAACUAGUUCUGCAGUGCAUGUUAUCAGUGUUGAGAAAAUUUUUAUCAUGAUUAUUUUUCCCCAUUUUUUCAGGAUUUCAGUCAUAAUCAGCUCAAAGAGGUAAGAGUUCUUCCCAGUGGUAAAGGUUACUUUUAUGGCUGGGAAACAAUAGUUACUCUUACCCACAAACUUAGAAUGUAAUGAUUCUUUAGGACUAAAAUACCAGUAACUAUUAUGAAGAAGGAUCCUCUGUCUUUACUCAUCUUUUACCAAAACAGGAUGUAUUUUUUACUUUUUCUAUUUAUUCCAAUUUCUUUAGGCCCUCCUUUUAUUCCCUGUUUUGUACAUCUCCAGCUGCAGAUGACACUGUUGUUUUUCUUUUAUUUACUUUCCAUUCAAGGAAAUCAUGUCUUUCAGAUGCCUUUCAGUUAUACUCUGUUCAUUAUGUUGUACCAUCAUGUAAUUUCUAUGUUUCAUGUCUUUUCCCUUUUUAGGUACCUCCAGAGCUUGAGAAUGCCAAAGCACUCAUUGUUUUGUCACUUAGUCAUAACAAGUGAGUAAUGACAAACUAAAUAUCUUCAUAAAAUAUGGCUUUGGUGCAGUGUUUUGUUGCUCUAAUUCUACUUGUACAUGUAUCUAAGAUUAAGGAGGUAGUUGGUCGGUGAGCAUUCCAGUUCACCCCAAUCAGAGUUUUGUUUGUGUGUUGUUUUUCCCAAUAUUGUUGUUGUUGUUGUUUUUGCAAAUGCUAAGUUCAAAUCCUGUGCCAUGCUCUAAAUACAUACAUGUAAUCCAAAUGGUUUUCCAUCCUUAUCAAUAUGAUUUACAACCUUGUUAUAUUUACACAGAAUGUAAGUCAAAUAAUUUUUGCUUUAGUGCUUGGCCCCACCCACCUUUGCCAUCAUACAUGUUAAAGUGCAUUCCUUGUUAAAAAAAAGGUUCUUUCUCUUUCAGAAUUUCUGUUAUUUCAAAUCAGUUAUUUAUUAACCUGACAGACCUAAUCUACCUGGACCUUGGCAACAAUCUGAUCGGUUAGUGUAAAGUGGAGAAUGUAAUAUAUACGUUGUAGUUAAUUUUUUAUCUCAGGUAAUUUUUCUUUUUCUCAGUUUCAUUAAUUACCAUACCCAAAAAUAAAAGAAAGAGAAAAAACUACCUGAGAUAAAAAAUUAACUAUAACAUAUACUUCUAGUUGUGGGCAUUUAGUUACCAUUAAUUUUGUUUUACUCUUUUCAAAGUAAGGUUUCACUGAUUGUUUGUAGAAUAUUGUAUUUUUUGUAUCCACAAUAAUAUUGUAAAUGUAAGAGAGGGGCCUUGGGCUUGCAGGGGGUGUAUUGAUCAUUAGCACAAGUUGAUGAGGGUGGGAAAAGGAGAACGUUACGGCUUCUUUCUUUUUUUUUUCCUUGCUUUUUUGUGGUCAUUCUAAUGUUCCGUGCUUGCUUGCAUGCACUCGCCAAAUUCAUCAAAAAAGGAAGAAAGAAAGGAAGAAAACAGGCUACUGGGGGUCUGGCACCUUAGUUAAUAUUAUUUUAGUCCAAAGCUGAGCUUCUUAAAACUGAGAAUAGUCUGCAUCUACCAGUAGUUGUAAGGAUCAAAAAUCCCUACAAACAGAAUUUUUACCUACAUAAUUCAAGACUGUAGAAUGCUGGAAAACAAAAUGAGAGCAUCAUAAGCAUGCCAUUUUUUCCCUUUCUGCAAGUGUUGUACUGGUGUUUCCGAGAGAUUUUUCAGGAGGGGGCAGGGGGGGGCAUUUAGGCAUAAUAAUGCAUGGUUAUGAAUGAUAAAUUUGUCUUCAUUUCCAGCCCUUUGUUUCCUGUUCUAAGGAAAUAAUCAAAACACAACAUUUUAUGAUUCCUUGCAGAAUCCAUUCCUCCACAACUAAGAAGACUGGUUAACUUACAGACCUUGGUACGUUGUGCUAAGCUCUUUGUCAAGCAGCUAUGAAAAGCCCUUAUGAUGUUAAUUUUUAAAAGGUUUCAAGUUAUAGUUUGCUUGAUGGGUAAAUCAGUCUCAAACUUUAAGGUGAUGAAGUUACAUGUAGAUGCAACAUGUGCUACUGGCUAUGCAAACUAGGCCAUAGUCACAGACAAAUUUAAAUGUAAUGCAAAAGGCUAGUUUACAGCAGACAUAUUUGUUUUAGCUUUCUUUCAUCAUCAUUAAGCCACAAAAGAAGACAGUUGUUGGCGUAAGAAUAAUACAAGUGUCUUUUUUACAUCUUAAUUUUUAUAUAUUUUUUUGUAGAUUCUUAACAAUAAUCCACUACUUCAUGCUCAGCUAAGGUCAGUUUAAAUAAUAUUAUUUUGUUGUAUUUUAUCAAGACCCUUUUUUAUGGUUGAUAAGGUAAUGAAGGCAAAUAACUUUCAGUUUGGCUUACUUUACUUGAAUUUCAAUCAAACUCCAAACCACUGUACUUUGCGCCAUACAAUCCAAUGAACCUGAGGACAGCCUAAAACAGUAUAUAGUUGAUGAGAUUCCUUGGAACAAACUGGCAAAUAAGUCUGUUUUCUUUACAGUUGUACCUCUCUACAAUGGCCAUCUUAAUGGGGAGAGAGGUUGAAACAAGUCAGAAUGAAUGUAUGCACUGUCCACCCAAAAUAAUGGCUGUUGUUGAGGGGUUGUUGUCGUGGAGAGGUAGCUGUUUGUGAAAGUAAAUGACUGUAUUUAUUUAUGUUAAGAAUGUUCUUUUCUUUAUUUACCACAGGCAGCUUCCGUCUCUGACCCAGCUCCACACCCUUCACUUGAGAAACACACAGGUAAAAACAUUGUGAUACAUAUUAAUUAAAUUACAUCUUCUUGUCUGUCUUUGUACAAUGUAAACUUGAACUAUACAGGGUUUGGUAAUUCAAAGAAUUUAUUUUCUGUCCUUUUCAGAGAACAGUUACAAAUAUGCCAGGCAAACUGGAAAGCCUUGUCAACCUUACAGGUAACUGGAAAACUGCGAUCAAAACAUGGCAUAACUGUUACCUAGUAUUAGUAGUAUAUAGCAGUAUAUAGUAAUGGUAGUAACAGUUUGUGCAUGAGGAUCUCAAAGCCACUUUUAUCAUGAGGCAGGAAUACCUGUAGUUUGCUCUCAAAACAUGAUGCUAAUAAACACUGUUAAAAAUUCUUCUGAAUCAGCACAUUGUUUGUGUUACUGGUAUUUGGUACAAUUUUUUAACAUUCACUUUUUCUGUGUUUUUCAAUAACAGACCUGGAUUUGUCUUUUAAUGAUCUUCCAAGAGGUAAGAACUUGUAACAUUCUGUUUAAAGACUCAAAAGUUUGAACUGCCUUGUGUAUCACAGUGCAUGAACUUCUCCAACUUGGAAAUCAUGUACUUUGAUGGCUAUGAAGGAGAUUGUGGCCCUGUCAACAGUAUGGAUUUUUUGAGGCCAAAACUUGGAUCCUAAGUGGCUGGGAUGAGAAGCAGGCUGUCAGGCCAGUUUUUCUUUUAUAAGACCUCAAUGAAAACAGCCACUUUCAUUUCAUUUUUUUGUCAGCAUUCCUUUGAAGAAAUUCAUCGCGCAAGAAUAGUAAAAUGUUAAUACAUAAAUUCAUUAGAGCCAGUAAAAAAUAUGGCUAAUGGCUAUUGACACUGUCAUCGUUGGUAAAAAUGAUCUUGACCUCAGGCGCUCUCUCCUUUUGCGCGUUUCUUAUGGUGUCAUUCACCCCAGCAAGGUCCAUGGGAAUGGCAAAUGUGUAUCUCAAAAUCGACUAAAAUCUGUUUUAUCAGACAAUGAUUGUUGAUGUAUACAAUCCAAAUUCAAUCUGCAUAUUAGGAGUGUAUUCUGCUAUGUUGAAGAAACUAAUCAAGUUUGGCUUUGUGGUUUGCUUUCCUUCCCUGAUUCAGUUCCAGAACCAGUGUACAUGAUAGCCAGUCUCAAGAGAGUUAACCUGUCACACAACCAAAUAACUGAAGUGUCUACACUUAUAGGUCAGUGCAACAGUUAAACUGUGUAACAAGAAAAAAAUAAUACUCAAUGAAUUGUCAUUUAGUAAAGAUCUAAUAAUCAAGUCUUGAAAAUACUCCCGUCUGGUAGCAUGGGAAAAGUAAAUUUUCUUGGCCAAGUAACUUUCUAAAACUUUCUUGCUGAAUUGGCAAGGGUCCCAGGGCAAGCAAGAUACUGCUUGUCAAAAUUAAGGACAAGCUAGAGUUCAAGUUGUUUUUUAAGCCCUGAAUAAUACUAUUUUAGUGACUGGAAAAUUUAGUUUAAAAAUGAUCUGAGAGUCAGUGGAUUGAAGCAUUGUUGCUGGGUGUGGAAACUAAAAGAGUAAUCGUUCCUUACAAGCAAAAUUUCAUAGAGGGCAUUAUCAGAGUUGUAUGAAUAUGUGAAAAAAAAAACAGGCACAGGAAACCUAUGGAAAAAUGAUUAAGUUGCAAACAUUUUUUUCAGACACCUGGACCCAAUUGGAGACAUUAAACUUAUCAAGAAAUCAACUUACAGGACUUCCAGUGAGUGAAUAUUUUUAUCCUUCUUUUGUUGAUAAUAGCCAACUUGAACAAAGUUUUAUAGUCUAUGUAAUUUACAUUUAUAUACCUUAAUGGUAGAAUGAGAGGCAUGAGAUUUGGUUAGCUAUUAAAUAGUAAGAGGUUGGUGGUUUCAUACUGUACAACCAUUCAUAAUAUUAACUAGUGCUACUACUAUUUUGAAUGUCAAACAUUUUGUUUGUUUUAGGCAGCCCUUUGUAAGCUGGUGGCCCUUAAAAGACUGUUUAUAAAUGGUAGGUUUAUUACCCUUUAAAAGUAUAGUUAACUGUUACUUAAAAAGUUGUUACAAUGUAUUUAAAAUUCAUAUAUUUUUGUAUUUUAAAAGACACUUUUGUAAGUCACUACACAUGUAUCUGUAGUGAGGUUGGUUCCUCAUUAAAGAUUGUUAUCAUUCAAAAUGAAUUGUUUCGAUAUUACAGGUAUUUGCUUGGCCCAUUUUUUACCAUUUUUGCUCAGAAACACACCUGUUACUAGUGGUUUUUAUAAUUUUGUUUCAGGAAACAAUAUCAACUUCGAAGGACUGCCAACUGGAAUUGGAAAAUUAUACAAUCUAGUGAGUUGUCAGUUGUGAAGGGUUCUGUGAAAUUCACAAAUUGUUGAUUUUUUUUUCUCCUGGAGCUACUGUACUCUACCUAGACCCUGCUUAAACAAUAAAAAUACUGAGUCAAAUAAUAAUGAAGUUCCAGAAAUCAAUUGUGUCCAGACAGUUUGUUAAUGUACCUAUAACUCUUCUGAAAGUGAUUGUGUAAUUUCUUGUAGGAAAUUUUUAUGGCAGCAUGCAAUAAACUGGAAUGCAUCCCAGAAGGAUUAUGCAGGUAUGUUAAACAGUGGAGAGGAAAGCUUGAUAACUGAUACAGUUUAAACUACCAGUAAUGUUUUAAGAUUUUAUGAACAGUCAGGUUACAUGUUCUACUAAUCUGACUCAAGGUUUAGCCAAACAACUUUACAACUUUAUAUAGUUUGGCAUUAGACUGAAAAAUAUCCUGAAAGUUAUGCUUGCAAAUGAAAACCAUUGCUGUCAAUUUUGACAGUUUAUUAUGGGAAUUGGGUGUUCAUAAUUUCAGUUGAUUCUCCCCGUUAUGGCCACUGUUUAAUAUGGACACCUCUCUGUGACAAGCAGUAAAGGUGGUUCUGGAUUUAGAGAUACCGAACUUCAUAAAAUCCCUUCCUUUACAAUGGACUCAUCUGUGAUUCUGACAAUUGACUCUAUUGCUUCCAUUUUCUUAUUAUGGUGUUUUCACUCUAGUGUGUGUUCAAAGCAACUACAGGAUCAAUUCAACUUCAGGUGGCCAUCUUAUAAUGGUGUCCAAAUGAGAGAGGGCUGAUCGCAAAAAAAGUAUUAGAUUUAAACCUGUCUUGCAUCCCACUCAACAGGUGUCUGAAGCUGCGCAAACUUACUCUUCACACAAACUGUUUGUUCACUCUCCCAGAAGGAAUUCACUUUUUGACAAACUUAGAGGUAAGAGCAGUGAUUAAAUUAUAAAAUUGCCUUGUAGAGUCCUAGGACUUAUCUUGUGAAAAAUCAUAAGUCCCAGUCGUGAAUCAUUGAGUCCCAAUCCUAAAACCAAUGAGUCGUAUGUUAAGGAUUCUUGAGCCUACAUGUAUCCUAACUAGCCAUUAAUCUGAAGUCAGUUUUGGCUUGGUGUGAACACCUGUAACUCUCCUAAAACAAACAAGUCAUCACAACAUAGUAAAUGAAAAAUAUUGGAGGAUGAAAACUGGAUAACUUAGAACAGAACCAACAACAAGAUCAUCACACAUGAGAACUUGAGGGCUUUGAAUUGAACCCAUACCAAUGACCUCGCCAUUUCUGCUUCCCUGUAGAAGCAUAGUGAACCGCGUUCUUAUUUUUAUCUCCACUCAUCCUUUCAUAUAUAGGAACUUGAUGUUCGUAAUAAUCCUGAGCUGGAAAUGCCACCUAAACCUGUCCCUGAUGAGUUGGGGAGUGGCCCAGAAUUCUACAAUGUGGACUUCACACUGCAGACCCAGCUGAGGAUGGCCACAGGUGCUCCUCCACCACCAGUCUGUAAGUCAAUGACAUUGGACAUUUUGUUUGUUUGAUUGUUUUUAUUUUAAAAAUCAUUUAUAAAAAGGAUAUACUAACUUGCAUCACAGACAAAUGAUUGAUUUUAACUUGGUUAGUAACAUCUGUGAAGUAGUGCCGAUAUCCUUGUUCUGGGCUCAUAAUAGACUCAAUGAAUUACCAGAAAUGUGUUUCGUAUUUGCCUUCAACCUGACUGGCAAUUAUGGACCAUCUAUGGCAUUUUUAGCACACCAAUCAUGGCACAUACUCAAAUUCUGGUACACAGCUGGGGACCCAGAACAAUGAUUCCAGCACUGUUUUGCAGAUGGAAUUAACCAGAGUUUAGUUUCAUCUGUGGUACAGGCUAGGAUUCACCUUUCUAUAGAACAUAAUAGAGUUACAGUAAUACAGCAAUGUACAAUGGAACCCCGGUAAUACGGUCACCAAUGGCCAAGAAAAAUUGGCCAUAUUAACGAGGGUUUUUUUUUUACAAGAAAAUGUAUGGUGGUUUUUGCUAGGCUGCCAAAAAAAGUGGCCAUAAUAAGGUGGUGUUUCACUGUAGUAGCAUAAGGUCUGGCAUUUUUUUCAUUGGUUACUGUUUUCUUAGACUAAAACUUUUGCCCCACAUUAUGUUAUUCUCAUAUUAGGUUACAGUAGCAGCAAUAUACAUGUUCAUUUAGAGGAGUGACAAUACUUCUAAGUUAAUAAUUAUUAUUCUUGAGCUCAUACAUUUUAGUGCUUAUUAAGAGAUCAGAGAGAGAAUUUUUAUAACCUUUGGAAAUGGCACUACACCUUACUUCAUUUUUUAACAAAUCUUGCCCUGGGGUUCAUAGUUUAUUGAGCACUUUCCAUUUCUAGUAGUUAUGAGUAAAGAACGAGUCAUGACCUUUAUCUAUUUUUUCCUGCAGCUCACAAGGAUUCUUAUGCUAGAAAAGUGAGUUUGAUUAACUUCUUUAUGCCUUUUUUGUAAUUUCACUUUAAGCCAUCCAGGUUUUGUUUAGCCAUCAUCAAAAAUUAAAAAUAUCUUAUAAUUGUUUAUGACAGUUGCGAAUGAGAGGUCGUCGAUAUCAUGGUCAAUCAGAAGAUUUAAAGGUACAGUAAACUUGUGAGUUUUGUUACCUAUGUUAAAAUCUGCUUUGAAUUUAUUUUUACUUUAAUUAACAAAGCCUCGAGAUAGUAUGUACACUCUGUGUCAUUGUAUUAGACUCCUCAUGCAAGUUACAUGUAGAUUGUCAUCUGAUGUAUGUAAUUUGUUAGAAUUUUGUGGUUCAGAAAUAACAUGUGCUUGAAUUGGAAAUGGCCUUACAACUGACAUGUGCUAUAAUUGUAGCACACACAAUUGUAACUUUUGACAGCAUUUAAUGGCCUCUCAAACUAGAUUAGAGUGCUUAAAUGUAAGAGAUACACAAUACUGUAUAUUAAUAAUUUAAUUAUGAUCUUUUCAGGGUAUGGUAGAAGAUGCCGAGGAGAAGAAAGUGUCUGGACGAAACAAAAAACUCGGCAAAAGAGUAAGUCACCAGCUUAAUGUAAUUUUUACUAACAACCUCCUAUUAUUCAAGCCAUGGUUCAGCAUUUUAGUUUCCAUAAUAGAAAACAUGUAUGGGCAAUGUUUGUAUGGAUAAUUUGAUUUGUUGGAAGCGUAAAUGGUUUGGCAAUGAUGUAUUAGUGAGUUGUGGAAUGAGGAACACUGGACCUAGUUUGUUGAGCAAUCAUGCCAAAUUGCCCUGUGUGACUCUUGUGCUUCCGUCAUGCCUUGCAACCUCCUGCAUGCAUCUAUAACCCAGUAGGGAUGUUUAGGGAAUGAAAAGGAUAUGUGUAGAGUACUUGCUUUGCAUCUUGCCACUUCCGUGUCGUGUGUGCUUUCCCACUAAUUUUGAAUCAAAAAAAGAGACAGCUUACAGUGACUUAGCUAUUUUGUGACUCAGCUAUUUUGUAUCUAUAUUCCUUUUACUCAUAUUCUUGUUUGGAUCACCUACUCGGUUAGUUCCACGAACUGUUUAGGUGUCCCAAACUCUGCACAAUGAACCUACAAUAAGUUCUCUUUCCCUUCACAAUCUCUCGAUUUUAUAUUUUAAAGCACUAAUUUGUAUUAAUUAUAAUUAUUCUGUGUGAGUUUAAAUAAAAGUUGACUUAACUUGACUUGAGCUUUAUAUAUGUACCGGUAACUAAAUUUCUCUGGUGAAAUGAUUUUACUAAUUCAUUGGAGCUUUAUUGACUCGAUAUACCUGUACUUAGUUAUGAUGCAAUACAUCAGUAAAGUUGAAACAUUUCCGAAUUUUUAAAUCAGUGUAGAUUCGUAGAAUAUUCUUUGUCUAUUAUUUUCUUCCGCAUUUUUCCAUCUUUAGCAAAGUAUAGACGAACCAGAGAAGCUUCUAAAGUAAGUUGACCUUUUUUGAUAAAAAAUAAUUACAAUUCUUGCCCCUUGGUUAAAAAAAUCUGUAAAGUCAAAGGGUUUCAGAAAAUAACUGUUGCCCUUCUAGUAAGAUUCCUGCCCCCACCCAAUCUGCCAUUGCUACUUGAAACAGCCAUAUUCAAUGAUAAACUGCAGUUUGUACACUAACAUUAAUAAGUUGUUAUAGAUUCUACAACACAGUCCUGUAACUUAACAAGUCUUGAUUCUUUGUCAUCAUAGAGGAAGAAAAUGGAACGAGUCACUGGUUAAACCCAAUUUAGAUUAUCAUGAUUUCUUUAAUGACACUACUGGACAAGAACCUGGUAAGUUAAAUUUAAACAAAUAAACUUCUGCUGUUUUGUAGCCUGUACCCACAUGUAUUCUGAGUCAUACAUGUAAAAGAUUGUUACUAUUUUCAAUGGUUGAUGCAAUUAUUGGUAACCAAUAAUAAUUAUUGUAGCUGUUGUGCAGAUGGUUAUUCAAUAUAAUUAAUGUAUGUAAAAUAAUAACCACCUCUUUCCAUUACAGGUUUGACUGUGUGGCAGAUUGAAAACUUCCUACCAGUCUCUGUUGAUGAAAGUAAGGCAAUAUUGCAUAUCGUUAUUGUACUGGCAAGUAAUAGAAAUCGUUUUGGAAUAAACAGAAAAUAAAUGAAUAAUAAUAAGAGUAUGGAUAAGUUUUGUUGUUCUUAGUAUCGUUUAGAUCCUGCCAUUUGCUUGAAGUUGAAGCAUUGUACUACAAGGAUCUUCCAUACCUUUCCCUUAUAAUUAUAUACCAUGGUAUGGCCCUCAUGGUCAGAUACUUUUUGGCAUGAAAUCUGAAAUGAAAGAAAUGUGAAAUCACAAACAACAGGAGAACUACAGGGCUUGACCCCUUGUCAUAAUCACUGACAUCAAAAGAGGAGGUCAUAACUUAUUUAUACCCAACCCAUGAUCCGUGAAAUGUGUGAAGUGGGUUUUAGUGUCACAUCUCUUUCAAUAAACAAAAAAGGAUGAACACAAGGCCAAUUGCUUUAACUACAUGUGUAAGUCUUAAGGGUGACCAAAGUCAAUUUUCUACUAGCAAUAUCAAUACAUAAUCAAGAGAAAAUGUUGUGAGAAUUAAUUACAUGAUCACCUGAUGGAAAAAGCUAUGGUCUAAAAACAAAAUUAAUUCGCUCAACCAUCAAUUCUUUAAAGGAAAUAAUAUUUGGAGAUCAGUCUGGAUAAUUUGUAUAUAAAGGAAUAAUGUUGCGGUGAUAUUAAUAAUAUUACUGGUAUUUGAGACAGGGGGAAAAAGCCUGGAUUAACUGAAUCUAAUUGAAAUGAAAAAAAAAUUAGACACAAACAGCACAAUCUUACUACUGACUUUUUCAGUGGUGAAGCAGGUAUUGAACUCAAGCCUCACAAUAUGAAAACCCGUGGUUGUCCUACAAAUUAAGCUAACUGGGUAGCAGUCAUAUGUCAACACUUCUCUCUCUACAGCUCACUCCAUUCUUCACCUUAAUGACUUUGUUCUAGUUUUCUCAUCUGCAUCAGGAAAACAGCAAAGGAAUGUUUUUUCCCCUUUCAUGUUAAUGAAUGCAGAACAAAUUAUGUGGAAUACUAAUAUAAAAAAGCCAACUGCUUUGAUUCCUUCCACUUGGUUUUCUGUUCUUAACAUAGACUGUAGGAAGGCUAUGAUGAAAGUUACUGGGUCAACAGUAAUAGAUGUUACAGUACCCUUGUCUUUUUUUAAAAAAAUUAUCGUUAUUUUCUUGUUUAGUGUUUUAUGGAAAGUUUUACGAAGGAGAUUGUUACAUUGUUCUCAAGGUAUGUACUGCUAUUUCUUGACCAUUGACAGUGAUUCAAGAUUAAUCACUGUCUAAUGAUGUACAUUUACCAGUAUUAUUGUUCGGUGUGGGCAGAAAAAGACUUAGUAUCAUGAGUCUGUGUUUUAUUGUAUUUUUCAUCAGACAAGUUUUGAUGAUACAGACCAGCUUGAUUGGCAGAUAUUCUACUGGAUUGGAAAGGAUGCUUCUGUAAGUCUUCUUUCGUUUUUGCAUGGGAAAAUCACAUGUAUUAUUAAAAGAAUUCAUGCUUUGACUUAUGAAUAACCAAAUUAUGUAGACACCCAGUUUACCUGGUUCUGCGUUCUUUGAACCCUACUCUUCCUUUUUAUUAUUUUUUUUAUACAUCUGGUAAGAUAAAAAUAGAAUUUCUCCUUUUUGUAUCCUUCAUAUUUCUUACAGUACAUGGGGCGCGAUCCAUUCAACCAAAAUUUCCGGAAAUUUCGGUCCAAAACUCAAUGGAUCGGUUCGGUCCAACCGGAAAAGUUUCGAAAAAACUGGUCCACCUUUUGAGGUGGUCCUCUUUUCCCGGUCGGACCGGUCUGAAUUUUGGUCGAAUGGAUCACGCCCAUGUAUUUAGGAAGGAGAUAUCAAGGGAACUGGUUUGGGGUGAUCAUCGGGUCAUUUUCUGAUAUUACUAUAUAGCGACUUACAGGGUUUCCAGAGAGAAUUACGUUUUUUAUUGCUACCUUUUGGAGGGUUGUUACUUGCAAAACUCUGUCAUGUUUUUGUAGCUUGUAGCAUGUAUUAAUUAAUUUUUUAUUUGUUUUUCAGCUUGACAAGAAGGCUUGUUCAGCCAUUCAUGCUGUGAACCUCAGAAAUUUCCUUGGUGCUGAGUCAAGGACUCUGGUGAGUGCAACAUUCUUUUUUGGUUGAAACAUUACUUUAACUCGAAGAAUCCAACAAAUGUUUAUGAAAAGGUUGUUAUCAGUUACUGUUAAAGGGAUUGCAUUUUUCCCCUUUUGAUAUAAAUCCUGCAUAGAAGGCACAGUCAAUAAUGGCAGUAGUACUGACUGCAAGAAAAUAGGACAAAUUUGAGAUACUUUCCUUCUUGCGUAUAUCCUCUUCAUAAUUACCAGCUGCAUAGGCUACCAUUGAUACUUCCGAUAAGUGACAAUUUUGUAACAAUAUUAAAUAAUUAUUAAUUUUAAUGAUAGUAGGCUAACUUGGCAGUGUAUAAUGUGAUGUAUCACUUUUAAAUUGUGAUUUGAUCCUCUUGUUUCAUUUUCCAGCGUGAAGAACAAGAAGAUGAAACAGAAGAAUUCAUAGAACUGUUUGAAAAUGGCAUCAGCUAUGUUGAGGGUAGGAGUCAAAUAAAUGUAAUCAAGUGCACAGGUCAAAUUUAAGAACACUCUCCUCUUUCCCUCAUGGUAAAGUGCAUCAGAUCUUUUCCUUCAAAAAUCUGUUGUCUGAACCCUGGUCUGACUUUAAUUCCCUAUGACAAAAAAUUUGAGUUCCAGCAUGUCUUUUGGGCAAGCUGUUCUUCAUUUUUCACUUACCUGGGCCACUGAGAUGGUCUUAAUCAUUACUUUAAAAAUAGUUUACACAUUGAAUUAAGGUAUGUUACUACAUAUUAUGUUAAUUUUUGUGCUUAUUUUUCGUUCGUUCUUAUUUUUCUUUCUUUUUUUUAAAGGUGGCACUGCAAGUGGAUUUUACACCGUUGAAGACCCUGUAAGUACUGCCAUUGUGUUCAAAUUGAAUUCAGAGAUCAGUUACUGGUACAUAAAGUCAUUUCAAUUAAUGAACUCCUGUUUUCACCAGGUUUACCCAACAAGAUUAUUUAGGAUUCUCAAGACAUCUAAACUUCAGCUGGAACCUGUAAGUUGUUUCUUAUCAGUUGUAAAAAAAAUCACCAUAACGACAUACAAUUUCCUUCCUAAACUGGAUCAAAGAAAACAAUGUCUGCAAGUACAUAGUCUCCUUUUUGACUUACUUUUAAAAAUUCAUCUUGUGGGUUAACCUUUUGCAUGGAAUUGUAGCUGGCUAACUUUUUAAGACAGGCACAAAUUUAAUCUUUGAAUAGUAGUAGAUAACAGCAAUAUUGGCAGUGGAUUUUUCCCAAAAUGUUCCUUUUUUGUGAGUGUAACUCCGUUAGGAUCGGUCAUAAUAUCCAAAACGACGUAUUUGUGAAAAGAUCUAUCUUUGCUGACGUUGUUACUUACCAACUUAUGAGCUUAAACUGAAAGCUUAAUGGGUCCAGGAAGAAAAAUAUACAUCUUUCCAUAUGAAACGAAAACGACCAAAGCCGUCGUCAAAGGGUAAAGAGUACAUACAUUUUUCUCCUUUGUUUGAAACCAUGUUUUGUUAUUAUUAUUUUGUUUUUUGCUCUUUAGGUGGAUGUUAGCACUACGUCAUUAGAUCCAACAUUUUCCUUUGUUUUGGAUGCUGAGCUUAAAAUCUACAUCUGGUCUGGAGAGAGGGUAAGAACGACUAGGUCGCUACGUGCGUGUUCUUUGGCUUGCCAUUUAUUUUCAGCCAAGAAUUGCACUUUUGUCCUCUUCAUUUUUGUUGUUUUUUUUUCCUGCUUUAACAGUAUCAUAAUCUUUCUGAUGACUAAGAGGGGUAUAAUUUAUUAUUAUAUCUCUUAAAGAUUAAGUGUGAAAAUUUCAGUGUCCCCUCAAACAAUAGAUGCCUCAGUAAAUUUUUAUAAUAUUAAUCUCAUGUAACCAAAAUGACUUUUGACUUUUACGAUUUAUUUCAGGCAAAAGGGACAACAAAAACAAAAGGAAGGUAUGUAAUGAGAAACGAUGAUCUCACUCAGUGAAAUAAAGUUCAUGAAUAUUACACUGUCAUGCUCUACAUAAUAGAUGAUCAUUUUUAUUUUUCAUGAAUAACUGGAAAACCCCCGAAAGCUUACCUUUCGUCUAUUCAACUGAACUAUCUAAAAGUGUAUGAUUAUUUUCCUCUUAAAUUUUAACCAACAAGCAGCAAGCUCCAAAUUGUAGAGACUUGUUCUGCCUUUCAUGUAUGUUCCCUUAAGGGAGUUUUAACUUUAUUUAUGUUUUCCCAUUGUCAUUGUUAUUUUUGGUUUUUAAUAUGAACUUCUGCGUGUUAUUUUUUUCAUUUUUAACGUAAUGGAGGUAGCGUGGUAGGGUUAACUUUUAAUCCAGAGGUCCCAAGUUCAAGUCCCACCAGACAACUGCUACCUGGAUUUGUUCUGGGUAGUCCCGAAUUCCAGCCCUCGGCCACGUUUGUAAAAUAGCCAACUGGUUCGCCUCCUACAUCUUGGGAUUCUUAAAAAUGCUGAAAAUGUUUCAUUACCCCUGAAAAGCCCCAUGAGGGAAGAGGUAACUAGUUAUUCUUCAAACAUCAAUUUCAGAAUUUUUUGUAACAAUGCAUAGAGGAUAAUAGUAAUUACGAUUCUCUUAUUUCUUGAUUUUUACAUACAGUCAUUUAUUUCAUUGUAGAUUGUUUGCCGAGAAGUUGAACAAGAAUGAUAGAAAGAACAAAGCGGAAAUUAUAAUGUGCCAAACAGUGAGUACUUAUAAUAAUAUUUUUAUAAGAGCCAGCCAUUAUUUCAUUGUAGUUAGUAUCAGCAUCUCAUCUUCUUGACUCCUACUCUUAAAAUGGUAGUAUAAAAACAGCAUGCUUUUUUUCUUUAAGGGUGAUGAGCCAGGGGAGUUUUGGAGACUACUUGGUGGUCGGACUUCAACUCCUAUCACUGUAAGUAUUCAUGACAAGUUCAGUGGUCAUAAAAUCACCAAUAUGGAGUUAAGGACAAUCGGCGCUGCAUCAGUUGUACGCAUUUCGGUUAAGAAUAGAUAAGCUUAUUACAAGUAUUUAGAGUUAGUUUCCCCUCUCCAUUUUCCCAAUAACAGAGUUAUUAUGUGGGGACAGGGCUGGUGGUUUGGUCUGCCACAGUUUGCCUUGCUGGUCAUCUGUGAGCUGGCUGCCUCUUAUUAGAAUGUUGCAGAUGUCGCUGGGUACGUCGUCCUCUGCAGGCUAUACUCAGCGAAUACUGCCUGCACUAUGUGGUUCAUAACUGAUUAAAAAAACGGGGAUUAAAAGUUGGCUCAGUCAGGGUAUUUGACGUAGUUCUUUGAAUCCUAGCGUAGGAAUGUUGACCAAACUUGCUUAAUUCUGCAUACUGGAGAGACCAUACUGGAGGAUACCAAUUUAUUAGAAUGAGCUCUCAGUUUCUAAUUCUUGUAUUUACUGUCUAGGAAAAGCCAGAAUACAAGGAAAACCCUCCUGCUCCAAUUCUUUAUCAAGUGGCCUUAGGACUCGGCUAUUUGGAGCUACCACAAGGUUCUUUGGCGGUUUUGUUUUGGUCAUUUUAUUUGUUUUCUAGGCAGUUGUUUAUUGAUUUAAUUUUUUAUGUUCUUUAUAGUGGAUACCCCUGGUGAAAAGUUGACGACGAAGAUGCUGGAAACCAAAAAUGUUUAUAUCUUAGAUUGUCAUUCAGAGAUCUUUGUUUGGUACGUGGAAAUCUCGUCAAAAAUCCUGUCCCUUGGUUUUUCCUUUUUUUUUCAUGCUAAUUUGAUCCGUCAGCAUUUUCGUGAAAUCUUCUUCUGCAAUAUUGAACAACUAGAGAAAAGAUGCGAAAAAUUAAAGAUUUGCUCUGUUUUCCUCGUCAAAAAACUUUUUUAAAGUACGCUUAACCGUCACCACCUGAUGCUAAAUGGCGGUAUAAUUAUUCAUUUAAUACGAAAGGAAACAUACGUUUCGAAUUUUGGAUAGCUUUGGCUCGUUGGUGACCAGAAAACAGCAAUCUUAUAGUAUUUGUUGGGGACAUCUUUUGGAAUAAGUGGGUUAACCAGAAACAUGACAGGGCAAGUGGCAAGUUUAACGUCCAAUCACUUUUUUUAAAGCCACAGUGUGUCAAGACAAAGAAUCUGUUGACAGAUUGCUUAUAGAAAAAAAAAGAAAAAUUUAAAAAGUAGGUGGUUAUCUGGUAACGCCCUUGCAAUACCAAAUUGUGCUGAUAAGUACAGCACUAACCAGCUCUUAAAUUCUUCAAUCACAGGAUUGGGCGGAAGUCAGCUCGUUUGGUGCGUGCCGCAGCAAUGAAGCUCUCUCAAGAGCUCUAUACUAUGAUCGACCGCCCAUCAUUCGCAUUACAGAUACGCAAUCUUCAGGGGUAGGUAGCGUAUUAGGCUCCCUCCCCACCCCACCCCACCCCUUCCAUCCCAAAGCAGCCCUUACAGGCAGUACAUGCAGACGAAUAUUCUUGUAUUAAUGACUUUCAAGGAGAGACAAUAUAAGCCGUUGAGCGAAGAUGCUGCCACAUAGUAGUAGCCAAAAGCUCUGGCUCCAGUUGUUCAAACGUUGGAUAGCGCCAUCCACCGGGUAAAUCACCAUCCAGUAGAUAAGGGGCUGAAAAACAACUAUCUUUUAGCUUAUCCAGUGUCGUUAUUAAACUGGUGAACAACAAAUAAACAAAAUGCCUUUUUGUCAAACAGUUAUAAUACUUCACUUGACCUUCAGGCAACUUUGAUGACAAAUCCCAGUCCUUCAUGUCAUACUUCCAUCCCUUGGCUAUGUUACAGACCUUCAGAGUUUAAGUUUGUCACGCCCUUUAUUUUUUUUUUUUCAAAAUCACUGUUCUGAGUCAAGUUAGUCAAUAUUGGGUGUUGGCUCAUAACAACAUCACCUUUCCAUCAUUAAAAUUAAAUGAAGGAUGAUCAUCGCAGUUGUAAAAGCAACUUUUGCGGUUGCGAAAAGAAAGCCUGAAAAAAACUCAGGCUUGUACGGGAUUCGAACCCUUGACCUCUGCAUGCGAUACCGGUGCAGCGCUCUACCAAUUAUUUUAAUUUUUUUUUCAGGCUUUCUUUUCGCAACUGCAAAAGUUGCGUAUAUAAUUGCGAUGAUCAUCCUUCAUUUAAUUCCUAACUCUGCAGUUCAUAUAUAUCAUUUUCAUACAUUCAUAAUUUCAUCAUCUUUCCAUCGUUAUUGGAUAUUUACCAUUGUGUUGCAUAAAUUAUUGUGUAUCGCUCAAAUGAUCAAUCUAGUUUGGUUCUUUCCCUAAAGGGCUGAGUCACAGAUGUUCAAGGCGAGAUUCACCGGCUGGGAUGAUGUAUUAGCUGUGGACUACACGCUGAGUGCUGAUUAUGUUGCAAAGGCCUCAAAACAACUGGGUGUUACGGUAAUUUGACAUAGGAGUACUGUACAUGAGAGACCUUCAGAUUCUUAGACGAGUACGACUACGAAUACGAGAUUUUCUCAAUACUAACUAGUGCUCGCUCGUGAACCAGCGUCAUUUUGGCGGGAAAACGUGAUAGCCGUCGUCACUCUACUACGAGUUUUAGCGUGAUGUUUAAGUGGCGGAAACAAGAUAAUUCAGAUGUUAGAAGUUUUAUAAUUUUGCGAUCGAGAGAGCGCGUAACCUCCUUCACUUAAGGUAACAGUGCGAACUUUUCUAGUAAAAAAUGGUAAAAUAAAGCUUUCCGGGGAGUCUAUAUUUUGAGAAUACGCGAAAAAACUUUAGGUCAAAUCUCGUACUCGCAGUCGUUCUCGUCCUUUAAUCUAAAGGUCUCCAAUGAAAGGGGCUGUACGUUGAGAUAUGGACAAACCCACAAGUUUCAUUACAAUACUGAAAAUAUUCCUAGAAGGCUCUUAGUAAGUGCAAUGAAACUAAUUAUGGUUUUCAGUCUUGUGCAGUGUACAUCUACAUGGACAAGGAAACGGUAAAAUUUGCGACUUCCAAAAGAAAGGCCAACUGUUCCAAGUUUUGUCGUAACAUUUCGAACAAACUGUUUGAAAUAGUAGUUUAGUGCUGUCCUUCCAUUGAUUAAAUUGACAUGUACAUCUUAGUGAUGUGCGUUCCGCCUGUGCUAAAGCAGCUGAUUUCAGAUUCUAUUGUUUUUGCACUAUUUACGUAUUGAUUACUUUGGAAGUCCCAUUAUUGUCAAUAAGUAACUUUUGUCAAGAUUCCAAGUGAAAGUGCCCAUUUGAUGUACUACCGAAAAAAGGAGGAAUAAGGUCAAUAACUUGCUGCUGUGUUUGAACUCACCACUACCACCAUAAAGUGGAGCGGUUUAGUUUGCAGUGCGGGUUUUUUUAGAAGGAUGCGAGCACCAGAACUUGCUCAUGGCUGUGGUGCAUGUGCAAGUUGCCACAGAUGCUCAUGAACUUUAGUGGAUACCAAUUCAUACUUGUCUUUUUUAAAAGUGGUUCGGGUGGAAACUCAGGCAGGUCGAGCGCGUUUUGUCAUCCUUGUACCUAGUAGUAGCCAUGUUUGAUGUUUCCUUGUCUUCUGUAACGAAAUGAAAAAGAAUAGGCUCUUUGCAGAGAAACAGUCACGUUCAACACAAAAACACCUUUCUGGAGGGUAAAAAACUCAGUGGAACCUUGUAAAGAAAGGACAGUAGCUCUUUGUUUUUCUUGCGUCACAGCGUCGUUUGCUCUCUAGCAUGGUGUUGAUGUCCCGUGUAACCGUUUCUCUGGAGAGGACCCAUUAUAGUUGAAAGUAACUACAGACGGUACCAUCGUUUAAUUAUUGAUCAUUAACCUUUGUUUGUUGCACAGAACAUAACAACCAAGGAAGCUCAAGCUAAACUGCAGAAAGCUGCCAAGGUAGGGGUCCAUAGUAAUACGCGUUGUAAUAGAAGUUUUCAGCUAAACACAUCAUAUCUGUUUUUAGUAAAAUCCAACUAGCGGUCUAUUAUCAAUGCUGCGUUCUGAUUGGUUGAGCUACUACUAGGCUAUAUGUUAUAGCCCACUAGUAGCGUAAAGCGCUGGCUUUGAAAACCAAAACAAUGGCGGCUGAAUCGCGUUUUUAAGUUGUUUUGUCUCGAUAUUUUUGACCAACUAGUUGGAUUUGACCAAAACAAUUAUUCCUCUCGCCCUCAUGGCCUCUGAGUCAAUAGCCCAUUUGGUCUUCGGCCUCAUGGGCUAUUGACUCAGAGCCUAUUCGGGCUUCAGGAAUAAUUGUUAAGUAUUGUUACUUUGGUUAGAAACAAAGUUAGUGCAGUUAUCUUGGAGCACAGAUGCUUACAUUUAGACCGAUCCCUUACACUUAGUUUAACUUGCAUCCUUUUAAUUGUUAACUACCGAUGCGGAGUUGCUCAUGUGCUGUCUUGGUAAAAGUUAUUGUUUUCUUCACCAGGUUGAUCUGUCUGCCCUGUUCACCACUCGGCAGCAGCCUAUCCCAAAUAAUGAGCAGGUAAGUUGUGUUAUGCUGUGAGUGCUGAUAAGUGAGAAACUCUACAAAUUCUUUUGAAUUGCAAGUUCUAGAAAUGAAAGUGAGAUAAACCAGGAAUCCCUUUUAUUCCUCCCUAAUACUUGAGCCGUUUCGUGAGACAAUUUCCCCUUUUUUGAAUUAUAAAUCAGGUUAUAGAGUCAGUAACAGAGAAAUGUUUUUAAACUACGAGGAGCAGCUAAACCUCGAGGUGCUUGGAUACCUGGCUAUCCUUCCAUCGGUGAUUCUCUGAGACAUUUUAAGCAAACGUGUAACAGUAGGAAACUAAGCGACCCCUUCUUAUCAGGAUAGUGAAUUGGAGAUUUCUGAGUUGCGUCAAGCCUCUGUUUCAAAGCGGGGCUAAGUACGAUGCGAUAAUACGUUUCUGGGAAACUGCCCACCUACCCCUCCCCAAAGCCAACAUUUUGCCCAAAGUGAGAUGUAAGUGUUACUGUUGGCGUAGGGGAGGGGUAGGUGGGCAGUUUCACAGAAACGUAUAAAGAUCCGAAGCGAUUGACAUGAAAAAUGAUUUUUAUUCUCAUGCAAAUAAAACUCAUUUUCACAAGAAAGGUUUUGCCUCGUUUUUAAAGUGAAUUUUUCGAAACUCGUAAAUGGUAUAUUAUUCUUUUCAAUCAAUUUUUUCUUCAUGGCGUGUUUUAAAAGAGACUAAGAAAAGUAUUUAACUUGUCACUCAAGGAACAGUUUGUGGAAGAAUGGAAUGAAGAUCUUGAUGGCAUGGAAUGCUUUGUAUUGGAAGGAAGAAAGUUUGUUCGACUGCCUGAAGACGAAAUAGGUGAGUGGUAGUAAUAGGUGAGUCGCUCGCGGGUGAUCACACCCCUUGGCAUUACAUACACAAGACUCUAACAUUAGACGUUCUGUUACACUGUCUGCACUUGAUAUAAGAUUCAGAGAGAGAAAAACGAUUUAUCGUUUGCCCAAGUGAGAAGUCAAGGAGAAAAUGAAGUCUUAAACAUAUGCCUGACUCUGUCUUUUUUUGUACUAUUGAACGUUCGCCUUUCAGUUCUCGCUGCAUUUGUUAGAAUGUUAAUUUGUGUCCACCUUUAGGUCAUUUCUACACUGGUGACUGCUAUGUGUUUCUGUGUCGUUACUGGGUGCCAGUGGAGCAACCUGAAGAGGAAGAUGAAGAAGAGGAACCCAUAGAGCAGGAGGAAGACUUCCAGUGCGUGGUAUAUUUCUGGCAGGUUAGUUUCUUGCUGGAUAGUGCAUACCAGAAGUAGAAGGUUUACUUUAAGGUCACCUAAAUGAGAUCGUCCCAUGGUUUUCUAGUUUACUGGAGAUAGCUGAAUCUUAGCUCUCGUGAAAUGAACAGAAUGCCGUAAAAUUCCGAAAAUAAGCCCCGGGGCUUAUAUUUUUCAAAGGCCUUUUUUGAGGGGCUUAUUUUUGGAGCGGCUUAUAUUCGGAGGGGCUUAUCUACGGAGGGAAAUUUGCGUUUCAAAAUCGAUUGGGCUAGCCUUAAAGUUGGGAGGAAAUGCACUGUUUUUGCUUUGUUUUACUUUGUAUUUGAGGGCGAUUUCCAAGUACAAGUCCCCGGGGGCUUAUAUUUGGAGGGGCGAUUUAACGGAGGGUUUUUUGUGUUAUGAGUUUGGGGGACUUAUAUUUGGAGGGGCUUAUUUUCGGAAUUUUACGGUAUUUUACAAAACGCUGUGACAUUUGCUAGGAACGAAGUGACCGUGGAACGCAGUGAGUGGAUACUGAGCUGAAGCGUCUGAUCGCCCUUAGAGAUCAAACCAGAUGGAUGACAUUGACUCAGUAUUUCCCGUGCGUAGCCGCCAUCUUUGGAUUUGAAAGAGAGUAUUAAAGAGUAGCGGGAAAUAAUGAGAGAGACGGGCAUUGAGCACCGGCCGCCGCCCCCAACCCCCUGCCCCAACCCUUCGACUCCUUCCAACUCCGUAUUUGUUUUUAUUUCAAUACGUUGAUCAGGUACAUAACCCGCGUAAAUUCUAGUUCUUUAGCCCCCUCCCCCCGCGCAAAAAAAAAACGCCCAACUUCAGUAAUGUAUGUGGCUUUUAUCUUCUUCUGAGUAGUUUGCUCUGCAUCUAAAUGCAACAUCAUUUUGUAAGCAUACCACACAAAUUAACUUGCACCAUAUAGUUGUUCGUUCUAACGGGGCGGGCAUUUUUACCUAGAGUGACAUGUCUUGAUCAGCCUUUUAUAGUCAUUACUAUUUAAUGUUAUAGGGAAGAGAUGCUAAUCAGAUGGGCUGGCUGACUUUCACAUUCAGGUUAAAUUCAGCUAUACCUCUUUCUAGUUAGUUACUUAUGCAGUAUCAAACUUAUAAAAUUAAGUGCUUCUAGCCUUUUUAAUAUUUAGAACUGAACGAACCUUUUGUAGUGGUCUACUCGUUUAUUCGUUUUCAGUACAAUUCAGUCAAAUGGGUCAAACUGUUUUUAAACUUUAAAAUCGGCGUAUCCAGGUCUUGAAAUUCUUUCUUAGUUUGAACAGAAAGUGAAUUGUGGGAGAAAAAUUAGUGCGUCUGUUUUUUAAAACUGUGAAAGGUUUGAACCCAGGAGUCAUUUUAAAAGUAGGUUGAGUCUGAUCGUCCGGGUGAACGAACUCCUGAAUAGGACUGUUGUUGUUGACACUGACUGAUGUUUCGACAACCUGUGCGGUAGUCAUCUUUUCCAAGUUAGUUCAAGUAUUCUGCAAGAGUCUCUGGGGUUUUCCAGGACAUGAAGUUCGACCUUAAAUUUGCAUUUGAGCUCGGUACAUGGCUCUCUUUCAACCAAACUUCAUACUCUGCCAUUUACAACCAUGUAUUUGAUUAGGUAAUUUCCAAUGACAUACCCUGUUAGCAAGCUUUCAAUUUCGAGGGGCGAGUUAAGCGAGUUGCAACAACUGAGAACGCUCGAGUGAGCGGUGAAACCACCAGUCGUUUUGCUUUUCGCUCGCAAAAACGAGAGUUUGCUCACAGGCUAACAAUGAUAUAACACUACUUCACUCAGCACAGGCAUUUUGAAAUAUGUUCCAGCCUUUACGUAGCCUUUGUAUCAAAGUAAUUAAUAAAGACCUGUCUAGAGGAGAAAUAACUUAUUCGACCUUAUUUAUUCGACCUUAAAUUUGCAUUUGGGGUCAGUACGUGGCUCUCUUUCAACCACCUUUCAAUCUAAAACAUUUCUCUUGUUAUUUACAGUCUUCAAAAGAAAUUCGAGAUGCUGUUUGGCGAAAAGCUGGAAGUUGUUAAAACACAGCAGGUACAUUACAUCUGCAUCCCUGUUCAUUCUCCUUAGUUAACUAAGGGGCCGACCAUUUAACUCUUGAGGGGGGGGGGGGGUGAUUUUGAAAAAAAAUUUUAAGCGCUUGUCGGAAGAAAAAAAAUUGCAUGCAGCUCAAAAAUAAAAAUAAGGGGGAUGCAGAUUGCUAAAAAAAAAAAUUUUUGAUGACCAGAAAUCACCCACCCCCACCCUCAAGAGUUAAAUGGUCGGCCCCUAAGCUAAAACAAAAUAAUGGGAUGCGAAGUUUGAGACGUAGAAUGUCGUAAAGUAGUUUAGGUCCAGGCAAAAUUUGUGCAAAAGUAUGUGUUGUUAUCCUUGGUUUUAUCGCUAGCAAAGUUAUACCUAAUGGGUCUUUCACUCUGCUUGAAUGUUUUAUGAAUCAUAAAGGUGCAAUGUAUGAAUACUGCAUUCAUUGCUUGCUACAGAUAAAGUUGUUGUAAUCUGAAUAAGGCCUCCUCCACACCUAUCCAGGUAUUAUUUCCCUUUUUCGAAAAAAACAUAUGCGUCCAUCAGUAGCGAACUCCGCGUUUUCGCCCGUUCACACGAAAACGCUAAAACGAUGCAAAUACGAUUGCAUUCCUUACAGGCCAUGCGCUGUGUGAUUUAUAACGUCGUUGAAUUCGAAACCUCCGUUUUCGACCGUCGAUAUGAAAACGAUAAGCAGGCGUUUUUCAAAAACGAUCUCCACGCCGGAGGGCGUUUUUGAAAAGAUGCUUUGUCGGUGACCGUUUUCACCCAAUACGUGUGGACGGUAGACCAAACCGGUGGGGAAAAAAAACCGGAUCAAUUUAGGUUUCUGGGAAAUUGCCCACCUACACCUCCCCUAAGCCAUCAUUUUGCCCUAAGUGAGAAGUAAGGGUUAAUGUUACCUUAGGGGAGGGGUAGGUGGGCAGUUUCCCAGAAACCUAUAUUGAUCCAAAAAAACAAACAGUGAUCUUCGUUUUGAAACAAAAUCGGAUACGUGUGGACGGAGCCCCAAAAAUCAGUGGCGCAGGAGAAAUCUCGGUGGAUUUUGUUUUUAAUAGCUCUCCCUUGAACAUUUUCUUACGUUUUUUUCAGCAACAAGAAGCACCACGAUUCCUGGCUCAUUUUAAAGGAAAGUUCAUCAUUCACAAGGUGCAAAAUAUUCACAGUAUUGUUUUGCUUUUCUGAGAAAGUUUCCUACUUGGUGGAAAUUUCGGGGGUGAUUUUGGGCCGGUUAUUGCACUGUAUAUAUGUUGUGGUUCAAUUUUAUCCUUGUUUUAGAUUUUAUUUUCUUUUGCUUCAAAGUCAUUAUCAUACAUUACUAUACCAAAAAAGAAGAGAAAAGAAUACUUAAACCAAGGAUAAAAUUGAACCACAACAUAGUACUGUAUUCGCGGUUUAGCUGAUGUGUAACAAAAUCUCAUUUAGGGCAUUUCUAAUUUGGGUAAACUUGAUGUUUUGGCAAAUGUACUCAAUAUUGUUUACUCUAAAGGGUACAAAGAAGGCAUCAUAGUACAAACUAUAUGUACAAAAACAUAUUAUUUAGAAUAGAGUCAACUAAUUAGUACUCACCUCUCUACGUACACCUCAUUAAAUGGACACCUAAAGGUGUCCCAAUGGGGUUUUUCAGGAUCAAUACCUUCCAAUUUUGAGCAUGAACUAUGUUGCGAUUAACAAGGAUUUGGCAAAAUUACCACCACAGCUGUAUGAACGGUUUUGGAAGCACAUUUCCCAGUGCCGAGAAAUACGGCUGCAAGUAAAAUAAGUAAUGUCGUCAUUUCGUUGCUAUGAUAACCCCGAUGUCAUUUUAACCCUAUCAUAAACAAUUUUCAUCUUUAUCUAAUACAGCUGUGGCUAUAAUUUUUCCCUGAAAUUUUGGAUGGCUUUCUUUCCAACAAAAGGAUAAAUUUAAUCUGCUAAGAGCAGUAGGUAAAUAGCAAAAUGAGCGGGUUUUUUUUCCCCAAAAUGGAUUGUUGCUUGUUUUUCUGUCUGUAGCUCUGUCAGCAUUGGUCAAAAUUUGCUAAAUGAGGUACCAGUGGAAAGAUCUAUCCUCGCUAAUUUUGCUAAUUAACAUGUUAAUAGCUUAAAUGGAAACCUUAAUGGUCCAGGAAGAAUAAUAUGCAAACCACAAACCACCAAAGCGGACGUUAAAGGGUUAAAGGCAUGAUAUGGACCUUCUCUUCUAGCGGUGUGUGUCGUAGGCAGAAUUGAAUGUAAUCAACUUGUAGUUGUUAACAUAAUUAUGUGUAAGCCCACUGGUUUUGACAGUCCUUGUUCUAGUCAGCUCUAAGGGUUUUUUAAUAAUUGAUUUGACCAACAGGGAAAGCGAAAGGAACCCAUUGAGAACAACAAACCUAAGUUCUAUCAUAUUCGGUCCAGUGGAGGUAUAUUGGCAAAGAGAGUUAUUGAGGUAAUUUUACUAGUACGUUUUUGUUGACCUUCUAAUUCUCUGUCCCGUUUUAUAUCGCUUAAAACAAUUACUUUUAAAUAAAGGC